GGGUGUCAGCCCUGGAUUCAGAUGGAGGCAGCUAAUAUAAAUGAAAUCCAGCUUGUGUGUAAAUCCACAGGAUGGUUCCCUGAACCAAAAAUCUACUGGUUUAGGGAGGAUGAAAAUAAUUUAAUACAAGCUGAAACAAGAGCGCAUUUGGACUCUGUAGGUCGUCUUGACAUCCAAAGCAACAUUGUAAUAACAAGACAAUCGUCAAACAGGUUUACAUGUCGUGUACAAAAUGUACAUCUGAAAACCGAACAACAAGUAACAAUCAGGAUAUCAGGUGAUAUCUUCCCUUCUGUUCCUGUCUGGGUGGCUCCAUUACUUGUGACCAUUUGUCUUCUAAUUGGAGCCAUUUCUGCUUUGAUUUAUUGGAAUGUGAAACAACAACCACACAUGAAAGGUAUGUUCUCAAUGUAAUGGUGACAAAGAACA